AUUAUUGAUACCAACUAGCAACAUACAUAGUGAAGUACACUAGCAACAUCUUAGCACCAAUGGGAGCCAAGAUUUUUGCCCUCCUUGCCCUCCUUGCUCUUUCAGCAAGCGCUGCUACCUCGACUUUUAUUCCACAAUGCUCACAACAAUACCUCUCUCCGGUGACAGCCGCGGGAUUUCAAUACCCAACUAUACAAUCCUACAUGGUACAAGAGGCCAUCCAAGCAAGCAUCUUACGGUCAUUAGCAUUAACCCUCCAACAACCAUAUGCUCUAUUGCAACAGCCAUCCUUAGUGCAUCUGUAUCUCCAAAGAAUCGCGGCACAACAACUACAACAACAGUUGCUACCAACAAUCAAUCAAGUAGUUGCAGCGAACCUUGCUGCUUACCUCCAGCAACAACAGUUUCUUCCAUUCAAUCAACUAGCUGGGGUGAACCCUGCUAUCUACUUGCAGGCACAACAGCUACUACCAUUUAACCAACUUGUCGGGAGCCCUUAUGCCUUCUUACUGCAACAACAGCUUCUGCCAUUCCAUCUGCAAGCUGUGGCAAACAUUGUUGCUUUCUUGAGACAACAACAUUUGUUGCCAUUUUACCCACAAGUUGUGGGAAACAUUAAUGCCUUCUUGCAACAGCAACAAUUGCUACCAUUCUACCCACAGAAUGUGGCAAACAUUGUUGCCUUCUUACAACAACAACAAUUGCUGCCAUUUAGCCAACAUGCUUUGACGAAUCCUACCACCUUAUUGCAACCGCCCACCAUUGGUGGUGCCAUCUUCUAGAUUUUUUAUGAUUUAUACUGUAAUAAUAAAGUUCUCAUGCUGAUAUGUGCGACCUCUCAGUAAUAAAGUAUUAGAGAUCUAUAUUUUAAAUU